CUUGUUGAACUCGGAUCAGUCUGCUUUAGGCGGCCGGCUCUUGUAGCCGCGUGGUAAUACUGUGAUACGGAUGGUCGGUACUAAGUAGUCAUGGAUCUAUCCAUAAAGUUGUACCGACUCAUUGUGGUCAAUUUGUUAACCGUAUACUACUGUAUGGUAGUGCUAAUUAUUAUUGCGCUGAAUUAUGUAAAGGGCUUGUUCGUGAAUUCGUUAACCCCGAAGAGGAAACUCGAACCUCCGGCCUGCCUCUCUGACCCGAAGUAUGGAGUGCACAAAUAUAUUAAAGUUAAUAAAAUAAAGCUACACUAUGUGGAAAGUGGAGAUCCGUCGAAGCCCCUUAUGUUGUUCCUCCACGGGUUCCCAGAAUUUUGGUACUCUUGGCGACAUCAGAUUCUUGAUUUCCAGAAAGACUAUUGGUGUAUUGCUGUAGAUAUGAGGGGCUACGGGGACUCGGAGAGACCAGAAGGCCUUGAAGCUUAUCAUUAUGAGGAAUUAAUAGAAGAUGUUAGAGAUCUCAUUCGUCAGCUAGGUCGCGAAAAGUGCAUAUUGGUCGCCCAUGAUUGGGGUGGUCUGAUCGCUUGCAAGUUCCGCGACCUCUAUCCAGAUGUAUUGAGUGGCGUCGUUUUGUUGGCGAGCCUGUCUAGAGAAGCCUGGAUGCAAUCGAUUUGGUCUAAUCCUGCACAAAGGAAGAAAUCAUGGUACGUGUUCAUGUACCGAAUGCCUGGGCUAGCAGAACAUGUUUUGCAACUGGACAACCUGGUGAUCUUCGACAAAGCGAUGCUGGUACCGGGAAAAGACACUAUUACUCAACAGGACAUGGAGUGUUACAAAUACUGGUUUGGAAAACAAUUUGCCUUUACUCCUCCGGUGAACUACUACAGAGCGAACUUCGCUUACUGCUUGCCAGAGAAGCACGUCACCGAUAAGGUGCCGAUGCUCGUGAUCCACGCUGCCAAAGACCCUUACAUAGACCUAUCAGUCCUGGACAUCAUGAAGCAAGAGUACUCAGACAUUGAGACAACUGUCAUCGAGGACUGCGGACAUUUCCUCCAGCAAGAAGAACCAGCAAAAGUUAAUAAGGUCAUUAGGGAGUUUUUGGCUAAACGUCUUUGAAUUUAACCUUUUAAUAAAUCAUAAGUUACGCAUUUUGUUUGUAAAGUCGCUUUUUAUUAGGAACUUGUCAGUUAAUAAAGUAGGUAGUUAAAAAUAGUUUCUUUUGUUUGUCGCUUGACCUUGCGAAAGAGGGGUUAAUCCGUUUACUUAAACAUCAUCGGCGUGAUUUAAUUAUCUGUUAGUGUCUAAGCAGCCUAAAAAAAAAUAUGCCGUCGCCGCAGAUACAAAUUCACACAAUUUGUAUCUAAUUACCUACGAUAACACUGAAUCUUACGUAAAAUACCGUCUGUAAGCUCUAAGUAUACAAUAAUUAACUAACUCACAACACUUCAGCGCUUUUCACUCAUGUACGUGUUUAACCACUAGCUAUAAGUACAUAUUUAUUGAAUGAAUAUAAUUACAUUACAUUGGGUGUCAAUUAGUAGUCCACUUGAAUAGCAAUAGACUGCAUNUACUGCAUAAAAACUGAUUAUUUUUUAAUAAAAUAAAUGAAGAAACGAACUGAGACAGUUGAAACUGUUUGAAUCUAUUAAUCUAUUUUUAUCAGACAAUAAUUUACAAAAUUGACAGUUUCUAUUUGUGCGGGCG